UCCAACUUGCUAUAAAGCUAACGGCGAGAAGACACAGUUUAGUUGAAUUAAGUUGUCGCUAACAGUUACAACGCACAUAUAAAAAUGAUUUCCACAAAAAUGUUUCUAAUAAGUUGCCUCCUCGCGACAUUCCUCUUAUACUCUCCCGCAUCGGCCAAGUGCAACACUUGCAGCGUCAACGGUAUAGCAUGCCUCACCGAUAGUUCAUUUCUCAUCUGCCACAAAGGUAAACCAGAUUCGUCGCAUAUCUUCCAGUGUCCUGCCGGAAAGGUGUGCGUCGCCAAUUCGCCAGAGAGGUGUGUACCGGGCUCAGAAUCCUCAGCAGAUUGCGCAGCCGAACAAAAUGCUUGUGGCGACUGCAAGGGCAACAAGCUCUUCACUUGUCUCACUCCCACCACCUUUGCGCAGUGUAACAGUACCGCGUUGUUGCGAAGUGUUGUCGGCAGUUGUCCUAGUGGCCUGACCUGUGAUUCUUCACGUCCAGAAAUUUGUGUUGCUGGUGGCGCCGAGUGUUCGACAUAAGUGAUUUGGUUUAAGUGAGUUAUAAGAAAAUUUAUAUAUUGUUCUAGAAGUGUUUAAAGUGGUGAAUAAAUGAUGGAAACUGAACUGUGGGCGGAA